CCUGCCUCUGUUGUAUAGCUAUAGCAAUAUCUCUGGUUAUAGACAUACCAUAUUUUAUCACUUCUUCUACACCAGUCUGACUGGUUCAGCAGGCAGGCCGGACAGACGUAAUUUGCACAGAAGUUAAUACCAGCAGUGAUAAAGGGAUUUUCCUGCCUCCAGGUGUCUGAGGAUCCACUGACACGAUGAUCUACAUCAUAAUGGGAGUCUCAGGCUGUGGAAAGAGCAGCUUAGGGGCCCUCCUCUCAGAAAAGCUGGGCUGGCCGCUGCACGAAGGGGAUGACUUCCACCCACAGGGGAACAUUGAGAAGAUGGCUCGUGGUGAACCGCUCACAGACCAGGACAGAUUACCUUGGCUCCUCAAACUACAUGAAGUCAUUGAGAGAGAAAGGCGUUCAGGCUCUGAUGCUCUUGUGGCGUGCUCCGCCCUGAAGCGUCUGUACAGACAGAUCCUGCUCUACGGCUCCAAAGCCCUCGCUUUCUCCUCCGGUCCAGACCAAGAUAUCCUGCCUCCAACCUACCCUGAUGUCUUUUUUAUCUUCCUACAUGGUGACUACAAUCUCAUUCAGCAGAGGAUGGUGGCCCGGAGGGGACAUUACAUGAAAGCAGACAUGCUGCGUUCCCAGUUUGAUGAUUUAGAGCCUCCGUCGGAUGAGGAGAAUGUGUUGCCACUGGACAUUAGGAGGAGCAUCACUGACAUGGCCAUGGAGGUCGAGAAGCACGCCAUCAGCCUCAAGUCGUCACCAGUGCCUUAACCACAGUUCAUCUGUAGUUAAUAUCUUAGUAAAGUAAAGCACAGUUUUUGGUUGUGGUGCAAAAUCACAGAGAAGUUUGCACACUAGGGGGAGUUUUUGGCUGAUCUGCUUAUUUGCACUGAAAGGGAAACUUGGUAUUUUUGAACAUGGACCCUAUUUCCCCAUGUUUUGUGUCUAAGUGACUAAAUAGCAUUUUUGAUAUUGGUCCUGUUUUGAGGAGACUCCUUCAGCCACAGCAGAUAGGCUGUAGUGGCGGGAUUUAUACUUGCAGAACCUACGCUGUAGCCAUCGCACGUGGCCUACACUGUUGUGAGCAUUUAUACUUGUGCGGUGGUGCGUCUGUGUCACUCUGCAGUUACACCUCCAACACACGUCGGUGUCGGGGUUUCUGUGAAGUGCUGUAAAGUUUUGUUGAUUCGAAACACACAUUAAAACAAAAAAAUACUUCAAAAAUUAUUGUCUCCAUUAGUCACGUAGACACAAAACAUGGGAAAAUAAGGUCCAGGUUGAAAAAUAGCGAAAUUUCCCGAUUAAUACAGAAUCCGAAUGAUUCUGUGGUGCUGAAACAUUUCAAAACACAGUCUAAGUGCCAUUCCAGUUUAUUCUGCAGAGUGUUUGAAUUGGGACCAUUAUGCCAAGUGCUUUUUUUGUACAUGAGAUAUAAAUUUCCGACGAUAUUCCACAAAGAAAAAUCUAGAUUUUCAUACCAGCGGUUAAAGAUAGUGUGGAUAUUAGCUUUUUUAACUAAUGGCAAGGACUUUGGUAGUUUUGUAAGUCUGCACUGUGAGGAAGUAAACAGGAAAUGAACCUGGCUAUGCAAAAAUAAAUAAAUAAAUAUGAAGGAACUGAUUAAAUACUAUGUAUUUUGUUACAUGGGUGUGACAGACACGAAUCAUUUACAGGAGACAUUUGGCAUUUUGGCAUUAUAGUCACUGACUGGGUUGAUUCACAGUUGCAUCAGUACGGGAAUAUGAAAUAAAAAUAGGCCGAUGAUGGU